GGCUAGUGCCACAAGGAAAUCUCCAGACGUCAGCGCUUGCUCACUCGCAAGGGAGAUUAACGGCUAUAAUAUCACCAUCCGUGAAGGAUAAGGGUACUCUUAUUUCCGGUGAUGAAAUGGGCGUAGGAAAACACUGGAAUCCGCCUUAUGUUCUUCGACUACGCUGGUUUCCGCCGGAUAUUUACGGAGGACACACUAAGGGGUGGAAAUUAGCACAAACGGCCAUGACCAACCUAUUAUCUACCAGUCAGACGUUGUUUUUAUCGCACGUGUAUUGAGGAAAAACAAUAGUUGAGGGACUAUCAGCAGGAAAUAUAUUAAUUUGCAACUAUGCUCCGAAACAGCCUGAAGAUGCUGCUUGGAAGCAGGAGUCGCAAGCUGAACAACGAUGACAGCAGCAUUGAUUCGGACGCCUCAGACAUCAGGAUGAUGAAGGGCCUCACUCGCUCACUGCCCUCCUCUCCCCUUCUCAAUCUUCGCCUGGACAAGAGAAAUGAUGAGGCAGAGGAGUUGGGACCACCACCUUCUGUAGACGAAGCAGCUGAUGCUCUGAGGACCCGGCUGGGCUUUCUCCUUGGAGAGAAGGUCACAGUUGGAGAGUCAGAUUUACCUUAUCACAGCCCAAAUGAUGGACAGGGUGUUUGGACAAAUACUUCCCUGGGGUCCAGACACCAUUUAAAGGUUCCAGGAGAGGCCAUGGAAAAGUGGGAGCUGCAAAAGGUCACCUGUUACAUGGACAAAGAUCCCAACAUAUAUGUGAGGAUGUCUCCUUCCUCCAGUCUGGCAAGCAGCAACUCCUCCCCCUGCACCACUCCACAUCCUCACACUGGGAUGGGGGGUAACAAUAGCGGCAAACAUGCCUCCUUGUACCAUGCCUCUGUCACCUCCCCCUCUUCCACACUGGAAAGCAGAGACAGUGGAAUCAUAGCCAUGCUGACCAGCUAUUCUGUUGACUCUGCUGUAGAGCGGGAGGACAGCACCAAGUGUUCUAGUGACAGUUACAACAGCAGCAGCCUCAACAUCUGGCAGCAGGAAGGCCAGCCAGUGGUGGUGUCCACUUUGUUCUCGAACAUGAGAUCCACAAGUCGCACCAACGGCAGCUCGGUGUACAGGAUAGAAGACAGCCUGUACGCCUCUACCUACAGCCUGAACAAGCUCCACCCACAUCGAGGAUCCAGCUGUUCACCCUCCUCUGAAUCCACUCACUCCAUAGCCCUCAACCUCGUUCCACGCCCCAAUUCAGUCGCUGCCACAAGUUCAGCCCACCUUGAAGACGUAGCCUUUCUGAAUGAUCAACAGAGACAUUUAGCCUCAAAGAUGUCCCUCAGAAUGGCUGGAGAGAAUUCUGGGAGUCGUAAUCAGCAGGAUCACGGAGUUGAUUUUACUCCAGCCCUCAACCUGAAACCACUCCAUUUUGAGGUUCCCGGUCUGUUGUCUGAUUGGCUGUUCAUGGGCAGAGAGUGGCUCUUCCAGGAAGUUGACACCCAUCUGCAUGGCAAUGACCCAUCAACUAACAGAGGCAUAUUAAUUACUGGCAACAUGGGCUAUGGAAAGACGGCUAUCAUUGCAAGGCUGGUGGCGCUCAGCUGUCAUGGACACCACAUGUGGCCGAGCACCACUGGCAAGCAGAUCAUACCCAAAUAUGGAGAAUCGGUUUCUCUCUCAACUGAUUCUUGUGGAAGAGGAGGAGGGGCAGGAGAAGAAAAUGGAGGAGAAAGCUCUCCAGGAACUCCAGAGGACCAAAGACAACAGGAGGCAUUGUGGAGACUAGCUGGACAGGUAGUGUCCUAUCACUUCUGUCAAGCUGAUAACUGUUACACCUGCCUUGUUCCUGAGUUCGUCCACAACAUGGCUGCCAUGCUGAUCGCUGCUCCUCAACUGACCGCCUAUCGAAAACUGUUGCAGCACUCACCACAGUUGCAGGGCAUCCUCAGUCUGCGAUCCUGCAUUCAGGAUCCGAGCUUAGCCCUUCAGAAAGGAAUACUAGACCCCCUGGAUGCACUCCACAGAGAGCGAAAGCUUCAGAUUGAUGUGGAGAGUCUCAUUGUACUGAUUGAUGGGCUAAACGAGGCUGAGUUCCACCGGCCUGAUUACGGAGAUACACUGACUUCAUUUCUUUCUCGAAACAUUCAAAAAUUUCCUUCGUGGUUGAAGGUAAUUUCUACUGUCAGGACCAGCCAGCAGGACAUUGCCCAAUGUCUGCCUUUUCACCAAAUCUCACUGGAUGGAAAGGAGGAAAACAACGCUAUAGACCAGGACCUGGAGGAUUACUUGAUGCAGCGUAUCCACAGCAGCCCUGGGAUCCAGAACAAUGUGUCGCUGGGCAAUGGUCGCCUGGACAACACAACACUGACCAAGAUGAUCAGCCACUUGAAGAGCCUAAGCAAAGGCUCUUACCUCUACCUGAAACUGACUCUUGACCUAAUCGAAGGAGGUUACCUUGUUCUGAAGAGUUCUAGCUUUAAGGUGGUUCCAGUCAACCUAGCAGAAGUGUACCUGCUACAGCUUAACAUGAGGUUUCCCACCCAGUCGUCUUUUCAAAGAGUACUGGCUCUGCUCAAUGUUACUGUGGCUUCGCUCCACCCACUGACCGAUCAGCAGUUGUUUGAGGUGGUGAAUGCAGGUUGCCUCAGUGGAGAAACAUUCCAGUGGGAGGAGUUUACACAUCGCCUAGAUCAGCUCUCUUCUUUCCUGCUACUGCGGAGUGACGGCAGCAGGAUGCUUAACCAUGCCUCCUUCAGGGAGUGGCUAGUGUGGAGGGAGGAGGGGCAGGAUGACAAGUUCCUCUGUGACCCAAGAAGUGGACACACCCUGUUGGCCUUCUGGUUCUGCAGACAAGAGGGAAAACUAAGCCGACAGCAGACCCUGCAGCUGGGACAUCAUAUUCUGAAGGCUCAUAUCUACAAGGGCUUGAGUAAAAAACUUGGGGUUUCCUCCUCCGUUCUUCAGGGGCUGUGGAUGUCAUAUAGCACUGGAAGACUUUGCCCUGUGCUUUCAUCGCUGCGCAACCUCUAUACCCCCAAUAUCAAGGUGAGCAGGCUCCUGAUAAUGGGUGGAGCCAAUGUGGAUUACCGAACUGAAGUCUUUAAAGGUGCCCCCUUAUUGUGUGUCCAUGCUCACCUUGGCCACAAAGAUGUCGUAGCACUGCUGCUCGACCACAGAGCCCAAGUGGAUGCUCAGUCAGAUGACGGUUUAACAGCUCUGGGAUUUGCUGCUGCAGCUGGCCACUUGGACAUUGUCACCUUGUUGAGUCACCACAAAGCCAAGAUUGGCCACAUGGACAGCUCAGGUCGGUGUGUACUGGUUCUGGCAGCCCAGCACGGUCACCUUGAGGUGCUGCGCUUCCUGCUGAAGAGCCUUGAUUGGAGCUGCACUUCCUGUUGUAGCCAGAGGGGGACAAGCAGGAGCCAAGCUGUGCAGCAGGCUCUGAUUGCAGCAGCCAACAUGGGGCAUGCGGAAAUGGUGUCAUACCUCCUGGAUCUUCCAGAAGAAGAUGAGGAAGAGGAGCAGAGACCUGAGAUUAACACAUAUGACUGUCUGUGGGGGGAAACAGCUCUGACAGCUGCAGCAGGACAUGGAAAGCUUGCUGUGUGUAGACUCCUGCUGGAUCAGGGAGCUGCUGCUGAGCAAGGCAACAGGCAUGGCAUCACUCCACUCUUCAGCGCCGUGAGACGGGGACACACACAGGUGGUGGAGCUGUUGCUGAACUAUGGAGUUGAGGUGAACAGUGUGGACCAGCAGGGUCGAACAGCUCUGAUGACGGCAGCCUCAGAAGGACACAUUACCUCUGCCCAGCUUCUGUUGGAUCACGGGGCCUCUCUCAACCAGAUCGAUAGGGAAGGCUUGACUGCUCUGAGCUGGGCAUGCCUCAAAGGCCAAUUCACAUUGGUCAGGGAGCUGGUGGAGAGAGGGGCAGCCACCGACCAUGCUGAUCGCAGCAGUCGAACACCUCUGGACCUAGCAGCCUUUUGUGGAGACCCUGAAGUGGUCCAGUAUCUAGUGGAUCAUGGAGCGUUGGUGGAGCACAUGGACUGCAGUGGGAUGCGCCCUCUGGACCGAGCAGUUGGCUGCAGGAACACUUCAGCAGUUAUUGCUCUUCUCAAGAAGGGAGCUAAGAUUGGACCAGCAACCUGGGCCAUGGCCACUUCCAAGCCGGACAUUUUAAUGGUGUUACUCAGUAAAAUCAUCCAAGAAGGAGACAGACUGUACAAGCAAGGAAAGGUGAGAGAAGCUGCACAGUCCUACCAGUCAGCCCUCCACAAGUUUCCCAGAGACGAGCUAAAGCCCUUCAAACAGCUCAGAGUGUGUGUGCUGCUCAACUUGUCCCGCUGCCGCCGUAAAAUGAAUGACUUCAACCUUGCUGAGGAAUUUGCUACAAAGGCUCUAGAGCUGAAAUCCAACUCCUACGAGGCCUUUUAUGCCCGAGCCAGGGCUAAACGAAGCCGCAGACAGUUCCAUGCUGCGUUGGACGACCUGAUGGAUGCCAGCCGUCUAUGUCCAUCCAACAGGGAGAUCCAGCGCCUUCUGUCUCGGGUGAAAGAAGAGUGUCGGCAAGUUUCACAGCAACAAGACCCUCCCUCUGCUUAUCAACACCAGAUGGCGAUGUCCACCAAUGAAGCCCGGUGUAGGGAUUUUGACUGUUUUCAUGUGCAGAACAUGGAAAGCUUUAACAGGGAAGAUGAGGAAGUGGACAAAGAAAAAGAUGGGCAUUUCAGGGCAGAGGAAGACUUUUUGUCCUAUCAUCCUCCUCACACAGUCCACAGUCUUGACACCCAUUGCUACCCUGGACUGAAAUCACCAUUUUCUCUCUCUCCAACUCAAAUGCAGCAGUGCCCCUCUAGUCCCACUCAUUUAGCAGACCUCUCUUCCCCCAGUCAUUCUUUACUACCUCGCACUUCCCCCAGCCAUCCUCAUGUCAGUGAGGGUCCUUCAACACCCCUGCAGCAUCCACAAAGAGCUGGCUCAAUGUUUGAAAGUAGAGGACAACACCACCUUCAAACUGUCUCAGUGCUUAGCCCAGCAGAUCAUAAUCAGGGCAGGCAGCAGAACAACGUUGGUUCCGAUCAGAAAUCCCUGUUUAAACGCAGCCCUUCCAAAAGCCUGCGGCUCCAGAAUACCAAGGCUGAGGUCAUAUUAAGCAGUCAGCCAAGCUCCUCAGACCACUCUGAUUUGGUUUUAGGGAGUUCUGCCUACUCCCAGUUUACCAAUCUUCCUGAAGAGUUAGCAGAGUUAUGGGAAGACUUUAACCCUAGACAGUUUGAUGUCAGACAUGGCCCACUUGUCCGUUGUGGUGUUGGUUCCAGCGCGUCUCAUGUUUUGGGCAAUGUGGCUGUUUGCCAGAUGCAAGCAACACCUGUACAUGGCAGAGGAACAGUAGUGGACCAAAUGGUAGUAAAUGAUUUUAGCCAGUCUCGACAGUUCAGCCGCAACCAGUCUAAAGCAGCUUACUACCCAAUGGAAGUUACAGAGGCAACUAUGGGCAAUCAGUCACUCCAAGAUUUUCACUAUCAACACCAGGAUGAAGUUCAUCUCCCUCUUAAUGCCGCCCCAGCCUUCACUCCUCCUCCCAGGUCUCUUAUAGACUCCCAGAGUGUUAAUGUGCACUUUUCUUCUAACAUUGCAAAUGGGCUGCUAACUAAUGAAGGUCAAGGUUUCAGGACCUCUGCCCAGCACAUGGAUCUACCUUCAGAAUCUAUGGGAGAUUCUUAUGGUUGUCAUGAUGAUCCUUUUCUUAAUUCCUCUCUGCAGUCAGAGAUCUGCAUGACUGGAGGAGGGACAUAUCCUGGAGAGGCAGGACGCUCUUCCAGGAACCCCAUAACAGACAAGUCGGUACGGGUGCACCAGCAGUACCAUCAGCAGGUUCCUUGUAGUUCAGCAUCCUGCCUCAGCCUCUCUCGCUCCUGGGCUGUUUCUUCAGUCGACACGAUUGUCACGUCACCUAGCAAAAGCCCUAGCAACCAGAAAGGCUUGGCUCCAGAAGCUCCAUUAUCUAAUGCCUACUACAAUUGUAGUAACAACAACGCUCACAACACCCCUGGUGACAGCCGAUGGAAUGAGUAUUCGGGACGAGUUUCAAGUCAGAACCCUUCCUAUUUUGAUGUGAAGGUUGCCCAAACACUGCCGGUUAGCCAAAACUGCUCUGACAGGUCAGUAGAAAGGAUUGUACCUACCUCUUCUGUCAAACCAAAAAGACCCUUUGUUGAGUCAAAUGUGUAAAGAAGAACAAAAAAUAAAAAAGGUUUAAAGGAACUCAUCGGGAAGUAUAUUUCAAGUUGGGAUUAGGAAUUAAAAACUGCUUAAAAUAAACUAGCCUCAGAAGUUAAAAAGUCAAAUGCACAACUCAAAUCCUAAAUGGCAUUCACUUCCAGGUUUUGGCUGGACAAGACUGCGCUUAACUGGACAUUGUUGUCAGUAUCCAGCAGAAUUCUAAAAGAGUCUAAAUUAUAUUCUAAACUUUUGAAGAAAGUUAUAACUCUUAAGAACACUUUGCCAAUUGCUGCACUGAAGUUCUACAUUCAAUAUCAGUUUUUAAAUGACCAGCACACACUGUAAGCAUUUACUCUUGAAUUGAAGUUUAACAACAAACAAAAUUUUACUUGGUUUGGUAUCUUCAGGCAGCGCAAGGAAUGAUUACUGGAGAAAAUUUUCAAUCAUCAAAGCCACAAGAUGGCGGAGGAGCAUUCUGUGAAAUGGAAACAGUUGAAAAAAACAUCCACAUUUUUCUCUUUCUUGUUCAUCUUGUUCAAAUAGCUCAGUAUUAUAGUGAUUCACUAAAGUAAAUAAAGCACCGCUGUUACCUUUUCCUGUUGCAAUGCCAUCUAAAAUGACAUAGAGAGAUGUAAAAAUGUAAAAAUAAAACAUCAGCAUCUCAGACCCAAAUCCAUAGUUUAAGAAAGUCAGACAAUGCAUUAAAAUUAUUAAAGACUUCUUUGCUGUGAAUAAAAUGGUUUCUAUUUAUCAAUCCUCGUCCACCCCCCAAUAGCAAUACACAACAGUAUUUUGUGGGUGUGGCCUAAUUUCUCUACAGCACCCCCUACAAUAUUUUACAUGAGGCUGUAGCAGUGCUGAGCUGGGAGGGCUGUUAGAGGUUGCUUGCAGCUGUAAUUUAUUUUAUAUAUUUAAGUUUUCUUGGCCCUACUUGUAUAUUUUAUUUUUUUAUAUAUUUUGUUUUUGCUGAAGACAAUUUUAAUAUUCUGUUUUUUCUAUUGGUUCUAAAUUCUGCAGAUCCUCCUGACUUCCAAUAAUACCUUAUUUUUAUAUAGAUUGGAAGAAAUCUAUAUUAAUUAAUACCAUUCCCCUCUAUGUCAUCUAAAAUAUUGGUUUCUGGAGUUUUUUCUCCCAUGUGUAGAAUAAAUUAAUUAAAAACUGAAUGAAUUAAGCGUUGAACCAAGUUUAAUGCCUACAAUAACAAGACGUGAAUUUAUGUUUCUACGUAGAUUCUUUUGUAUAAUUUUUAAAGAUACCCUAAGGAAUUUGUUGAAAUGUUUCUCAGUUUGAUAUGCCCAAACUAGAAACUCAAAAACACUUUUUUUUUCCUGAUUACUAAACACACCAUAAUUACAUUGUCAGUGCAAACACUUAGCAAUUUUUUUUAUACUCAAUGAGGUGUUUAAAAAUGAAAUAAAAUUGCUGACAGAUGUAGGAAGCUUUAUAAAAGCUAUUUAAUUCAGGCUGUGAGAAAUGACAAAUCUUUCAGUAAACAAUACAAUAGUUGAAUAUUAUAAAACAGCAAAGUUCAUCUGUUUUAUUCUUAGGAAUGCUUACUUCACUGACUACACUAAUGACUUAUUCCAUCUUCUUCAAGAUGCUACGCUCCAUAAUUAUUGACUUUUUCAAUAAAGAUAUAUGUUUAAUUACUUUCAUAUCUAUUAUGGGGUGGAAUUGGAAUCUGAUAAGAAUUAGCAGCAAACAGUGCAUCUCUAACUUUUUGUUGCUGGUUUACUUGGACAUUUAAAUACUAAGAAACCGCAAAUAUCUGACCAUUUAAAAUCCAGCCACAAUCCUCCUCUUAUACCACUUGUAUGCACAUCUGACCCUCUACCUUCUGGAACUGGGUUGGGCCAGUGUACUUUCUGUCUCAAGUUAGCAGCUUGGCAGCCAUAGAGAAAGAUAUUAAAGACUUGACACACUGGAUACAAUAUCUUCACUUUUUGUCUUAUUUAUUUUUAAUUGUCCCCUUACAUUUUGCAUCAAAUUCAUUUUGGAUUUUGGGGAACAUAAUCAUUAUGUGUAAAUAACAAACUAACAAAUAAUUGAAAAAGAUAAAGUAUUUUGCACACUCAAUGUUGUACAAAGUGUGUUUCUUCCUUUAUAGCCACAGAGGUGCUUCAUAUGUAUCAAACUUCUACCUCAGUUUGAGCUCUUCUAGAAAAGCAUAAAAUAUGUUCAUCUAUCAGCAAUAUUGUUAUAAGAGGAAGUGUUUACCAUGUUGUCAAUUCUGGGAAAAGAUGGGACUGAAUUUUCCACACCGAACAUUACUUAUGUGGACACAAACUGCACAGACCUGUCUUUGUUUCAGGUGACUUUGUGACAUUGCAGACUAAUCGUUACUGAUGUUUCUCUCA